AACGUUAUCUCUUGUGUCAUAAUGCCGAUAGUAUUAUAAUGCUGACGAACUCUGUUCUGAUAUGCGUUGAGCCUAAAUGAGGCAUAAUCGGGCGUUACUUCUCGGAUUUCCCCAAGGGUGGUAGGCGUGACUAAUGAGGAGCUUCUCCCCCUACAUGUAGCCAUCAUUACGGAUCCUAUCGGCACUGCCCACAUAUUGAAGCAACUAUAAGUUGUCAUUGCAUUUCUAAGGCGGCGGAGAAGAACCAGAUACCUUGAGUCAUUUGUUUCAUCACACGAAAAACAUUUUUGUUACUCAUUUCAUCUCAACCACGUUCAAGAUGGCAUUCGGUCUAUAUCAAAUAACAAUGUGCGUCUUGUUGACGCUUGUGUAUAUUUCUACAUUUGCAGCCACUGAAGACGUCAGAGCCAGUAUGUGUCUUCAUUUCCAGAAAUGUUCCGAAAUUUCUCCCCUCUGCUUUCUGCUGUUGUUUUUCUACCGAUGCACAGACCCCACUCCUUCCUGUGGAUUCAGUUCGGUGACAGGCAAUGCAUCUCGAUACCCUGGGCUCCGGUUAGUUGGUGGUACAGAAGCUUUAGACAGGGAGUUUCCCUGGUCAGUUCACCUUUACAAACAAGGACGCAGAAAAUAUGAGUGCGGGGCGUCCAUUAUCAGCAAGAACUCUAUACUGACGGCAGCACACUGUGUCAGUGAUGUAAUACAACGUCCAGGGGCUUUAAGCGUAGGCUACGGUUCCACCAACAAAUCAUCUCUCACAUAUGUGGAAGCCAAGGAAAUUGCAGUGCACCCAGCUUAUAACGCCUCAACUUAUGACAAUGACGUUGCUGUUGUGACCGUGAGUGAGCCUCUCCCGUUGAACGCCAGCACCAACCUAAGAAGUAUAUGUCUCCCUGAUGCAGAUGCUACAUAUGAAGCUGGGACACAGUGUAUAGUCACAGGGUGGGGAUUCACUGAAGAACAAGGACCCCCUCUCCCUGAUGCUCUUCAGAAAGUAUCUGUUCCUCUGAUACCACUAAAUAUUUGUCGAGACGCCUAUUCAGAGGAACCCGUAGUCCUGUCAGAGAGACAAAUUUGUGCCGGAUACUACACCGUCGGAGGAAAGGAUGCAUGGAGACUCUGGUGGACCCCUGUUCUGCGCCGAUGGCGACAGAUGGGUGCAGUACGGAAUAGUUUCGGCCGGCAAGGGGUGUGCUCGUGCGCUGUACCCUGGAAUAUACUCAUAUGUCCCUCAGCAUAUAGAGUGGAUCAACUCACAUAUAGUUUUAUAGAAUAAUACGAGGACAUUUGUUUUGGUCAAUAAAUAUGUUGUCACCUUU